AUGGGGAGGGUGUUCAAGAAGUUCCGUCUACAGAAGGCAAAGGAGCGAAGAAUCGGGCGAGAAAGGCCAAGGAUAGGCAAGCUACGGGAAAUAGCAAGCCAUAGAAAGGAGCACGACAGCGUUGAGAAGAUUUUUUAUUGCCUCAGUGUUUCUGGCCGAAGAAGAAUGGCAUACCGAAGAAUACUGGACUUGGAUGAGCUCGAACUGCAGAAGAACAUAUUUCUUGUGUCUGAGAAGAUACUGGGCACAGUUGUAAGCUUUGAUCCCAUAGACAAGCUGUUCUAUCCUGUAAUGAAACGAAUACUCGGGUUGAAAAACAGCUCUGCAAUACACGGCAUGCUGAUUGACUAUUUUACUGCAUCGAUUCUUUGCAGUGUGAAGUAUCAAGAGUUUGGCAUGUUUUUACUUAGACAUGCUCCUCAGCUGCUGUUCAGCAACAAGGACAGAAUUGCUGGCAUUCUUCCGAAUGGAGAGCUCAGGGCAGGGAUUGAAGGUCUGAAGAGCAGGCACAGGUGCCCUGUAGUCAAAUUCGACCAAAAAUACACACUGCUGAAGGCAAAUGUGCUGCUGGAUUGA